AUGGAGCACCUCGCGCGCGACCCGGCUCCUCUAACUCGGGUGUACCACCUCAUGGCCGAAGGGAUGUCCUUCAAAGUCACGGUCGCACUCCGUGCAAGAAGGGUGGAGAAGUGGAUCAAGUGCGUGAAGAGGGACUAUCUCGACAACGCGCAAAUCAAGUGCGUCGGGUUGGAUUGCGAGUUCACCAACCCUCGCGAGGGUGAUCAGCGCGCCGCCAUCCUGCAACUCUCGGUGGCGUCAGAGAAUCUGGUAUUCCAGAUUUGUCGUGUUGAUGAAGUUCCACAAGCUCUCAAGGAGUUCUUACAGGACGGCACCAUCAGAUUCUGCGACGCGGCUAUCGGCAAGGAUGUGGAGAUACUGAGUCCGUGCGGUAUUCACAUUACUUUUGCGUACGACCUCCAGAAGAUACUCCCGAAUCCCACAAAUAAUCAUAUUCCGAGCCUAUAUGAUCUGGCGAAUUCUCUCAUUGGGACAAAUCUUGAGAAGAAGAAGAGGAAGAAGUACAAGAAGAAGGACGCCGCGCAAGAAAAAGAAGACGAUGAACUCAUAUUUGGGUGGGCCAAUGUUCCAUUGAGCUUCGAGCAAGUGCGCUAUGCCACGCUAGACGCUUGUCUGGGCUUCGAGAUGGCUAAGAGUUUUUGGCAGCUAGUUGGCUACAAUAGCCAUGUUGAUCGUCUCAACAUUUAA